AUGGCUCGCACGGUCUCCCGGGCUUCCCCUUCUCCCGCGGCGUACGAUCCCUAUGCUUGGGUCGUUUCCGACGUGAAGGAUUCGCCUAACCAAAUGGGCGAGGAGGAGCUCACCGAGUUCCGACAAGCCGAGUACUUGUGUGGAGGAACCGAUGAGGAGGCCAAUUAUGACGUUUUUGUCCCGGCUCCUCACGAGCGAUUGUAUGAGAUCAACUUCCAUCAUCUUCGAGUUGCCGACUGGAUUUGUGAUGAGGAGGAAGGUAAUGAGAAGUCUGCUGCUGGGAAGCCUGCCGCCCCUUCGAAGGACAAGGCCGCUUCCGAGCAAGGAGCUGCGGCCGACGACAUCGGCACCUCGGCUCAAGGUGCCGUGGUCGAAGGCGACCAGGCGGUUCAUGCUUUCCCUUUUCGUGAGGUUAUCGGCACUGGGGGUUCCACGCCUAACCCGGAUGCCGAUGACGAGGUGGAGGAGGUUCCCAGCUUCAAGAGGAAGAGGAAGGCGUCGUCUAGUCCUGAGGAGGUCCUUACUGUCAUGGAGAGGAAUUUUGACGCCGGGAACUUUAUAGACUCCCAGCUGAUUCCCGGUACUGAAGAGUAUUUUCAUGAGUCAUCCCUUGCCGGGCAGGCGAGGUGGAUGUACCGUACCCUCCUACGCGGCGCAGUGAUAGCUCGAAAAGCCGAGUUCGAACUAUCUGGGAUGGAGUCCCUCCGCAGGAGGUUGGAGUCUGCUGGGAAGGCCAAUAACGGGCUAAAAAGUGAAGUUGAGACUCUUCGGGAGCAGUUGACCCAAUCUGAGGAGAAGCUUGACGCCGCCGAGAAGAAAGCUACUGCUGCCGAACAGAAGGCCACUACUGCUGAGAAAAAAUUGGAGGAGUCGGACGCCAUGGUUUCACGUCUUGUCGAGCGCGAAAUGGCUUUGGAGAGUCAGGUCGGCGCGGUGCAGAAACGGGUGGCCGAAAUCGAGAAAGAGAAGCAGGUCGUGGAGGCCGAACUGGCAACAUGGAAAGCAAAGUAUAAAGACGUCGUCAAGCAAGGGAAGGGUGCGAUUUUGGCGACCGAGGAGGCCCUCAAAGCUCAAGUUAAAAUUGUUGCCCCCGAGUUCGAUACGUCGGCGAUCAGUGUUUUCUAG